AUGGAUGAACGCUGGUAUCUUUGGGCGGACAAGGGACUUCUGCCGUGCAGACCCUACACUCAUGUUUCAGGCGUUGAUCAAGGUAGUGAUAACUUACUUCUACCAAGCCUUCAAACAUCCUACAUCGUUGUCAAGGACAUUCACAUAGUCUUUACAUCAAACAGCGGGUUCCAGGAGGGCACUCUUGACGAUGCUCAAAGUGCCUCAUCGCCUUGGAGUGGUGGUUUCCUGAGCUCCUCGAACUCGAGCAGUAGCAGCUCGUCCUUCUUUCACCACGAGGCUACGAAUAUUCAAACUUCUUCUACCAACAUCUCGGUCAAGUUCCCAGCCCCACAGAUUUUGGGAUGGAUCAACAAGCUCAUGCCAGAGGACAGGUCGAAGAACACGUACAAACCACUUCCAAGUGACGAGUUUGAUGAUCUUGUUCCAGGUCAGACUCAAGACUCGAGUUCAAAUGCAGCAUUAAAGUAA